GAAUAUCGAAAUGAGAAUUGGAAAACAGCUGCAUUUAAGGGCGAUUAUUCUGUUUACCAACCAGGAGCAUCAUCAUCUCAUUGCUUCGUCAUAAAAAAUGUUCCGACAAGUCUUGAUAUUGAUGAAGUUUUAACGUCAGCUGAAUUUACAGAAAAUAAUACUCACAUUGAUUUUGAAUUCAGUAUUGAAAAAGCAACUUGGUUAAUUAAAAAGAACGUUUAUCGAAAGCCUCACACAGCGACAGUUAAAGUAGAAGUUAUUGAUGAAAGAGUUAAGCCAAAAUUAUUAGAUUGUGAAUGUGUCUACUUAGCUGUGUACAAGAAAAUAAAGAAACAUACCGAUCAGAUUAUUCCCACAGGGUAUUUAAAUGCAAGACAUCAACAUUGGGGCGAUCACGUAAACAACACUGUCGGUAAAAAAUUAUAUGAGAAAAUAACUGAAUAUGAUCUGGAAAUAGCCAAUGAAUUUGGAGUGCCUACCUAUUUUGAUUCACAAGGAUCUAGCAGUAUUAUAGAUUUAACACUUCAUACCGAAGAACUAUUAUUGUUUAGUCCAAAGUGUUCUGUAGUAAAACAGCACUUAAAUCAGACAGACCAUGAACUCAUUGAAAUUAAUCUGCACGAUUUAGAGUGGAAAAAAUCAACUUUUCAACCAUUUCAAAGCAUGCGUAGAUGGAACUAUUCAAGGGCAGAUUGGACUACAUUCGUGCAAAAUAUUGAUGAUGCAGUUAGAGCAACAAGUUUAGAGGGAGCAUUAAUCAGAAAUAAAGAUGAGAUUGAUAAAUUUGCAAAACAAAUAGAUGACAUCUUACUAAAUGCAGCUCAUGCUACAAUUCCAAAAGUAAUUGUGAAUAAAAACAGUAAAUAUUGGUGGACCCUAGAAUUGACAAUGAAACGAAAAUUAGUGACAAAUUACCUGCCCGCAGGGCAGUUCGUCUCUAGUUCUUUCUUUCUUUAA